AUGCUUUCAGACGCAGAAAAGCAGGCAAAAUCACGAGAUGAAGUCUCUACCCACCGUGGUAGCGUACGAAACCACAAUACCCAAGACGACGGGGGCCACCUACACCGUAGACUCAAUAACCGUCAAAUCCAGCUCAUAGCUGCAGGCGGAUCUAUUGGAACGGCGCUUUUUAUCAGCAUCGGUGGCGGACUCGCUAAAGGUGGACCUGGGAGUCUUUUGUUAUCGUUUUCCCUCUACACCCUCAUUGUCGCCUUGGUCAACAACUCAGCAGCCGAGAUGAACACAUACAUGCCUGUUGCUGGUGGGUUCAUUCGCCUUGCUGGAUACUGGGUGGAUGACGCGCUCGGCUUUGUGGCUGGGUGGAACUUCUUCUUCUAUGAAGCUAUCCUUAUUCCCUUUGAGAUUACAGCUUUCAAUGCUGUCCUCUCUUUUUGGAGUGACGAGUUUUUAAAGCCUGGACCAACAGCCGGGAUUUGUGCUGCCGUGGUCGUUCUCUAUGGGCUAAUCAACGUUCUUGCGGUUCGAGGAUACGGCGAAGCUGAGUUUUGGCUAUCCGGCGGAAAGCUCAUCUUGAUUGUUUUGCUCUUCUCCUUCACUUUUGUCACAAUGGUCGGCGGUAAUCCUCAAAGGGAUGCUUACGGUUUCCGACACUUUUCGGGGCCCGGCGUCUUUGCGACUUAUCUCUCAAGUGGCGACCUUGGCCGCUUUGAGGGGUUCCUUGCAGCUCUUUUCACCGCUUGCUUCACCAUCGUCGGCCCGGAAUACAUCUCCAUGGUAGCUGCGGAAGCUCAGCGCCCCACCGUCUACAUAAAAUCGGCUUUCAUAACGGUCUAUUACCGAUUCUGCAUCUUCUUCAUAAUCGGAGCUUUGACUGUUGGCAUCGUUGUGCCGUACAAUGAUCCUGCCCUUGUCCAGCUCUACUUCAGUGGAGGUGACAGUUCCACUGCUGCUGCCUCUCCCUAUGUCAUUGCAAUGGAGAACCUCGGGAUUGGUGUCUUGCCUCAUGUUGUUAACUUUCUGGUUCUCACGUCCGUUUUCUCGGCUGGAAAUACUUACACUUACUGUGCAACUAGAGCACUUUACUCGCUAGCACUUGAAGGCCGGGCCCCAGGCUUUCUCCGUUAUUGCAAUAAGAGCGGGACCCCGAUUUACUGUCUUGGUCUGGUUAUGCUUUUUCCCUUGCUCUCUUUUUUGCAGGUCAGCAACAGCUCAGCUGUUGUAAUGACCUGGCUGCUUGCACUUAUAACUGGAGGUGGCCUGAUCAGCUUCAUCAUCAUGUCUAUCACCUUUAUCAAUUAUUAUAAAGCAUGUGUAGCCCAGGGGGUUGAUCGGAAGACUCGUCCCUAUUAUGGGUAUUUUCAACCUUAUGGUGCCUGGAUCGCGCUAGUCGCUCAGACUAUUAUCCUUUUUGUUUACGGCUACUAUGCUUUCAGGCCGUGGAACUUGGCGCUCUUCUUUCAAAACUACACCAUGCAAAUUGUGGCUGUGGUUCUCUUCACCGGAUGGAAGGUUCUGAAAAAGACCAGAUAUAUCCGACCUCACGAGCUUGAUCUUGUUUGGGAACGUCCACAGAUUGAUGCCUAUGAGGAUUCUUUGAUCGGCACGGCCAAGGGGUUCUGGACGGAGAUGGCUCAGAUGGUGGGAUUUAAAAGAAGCCAGGUGAGCUUCCAUUCUAAAACAGACCAAGCCAUGGAAAAGAGGUGA